AUUCCGUACCGCGAGCAGUACCAAGUGAACGCGCCGUUGCAGUACCAUUUUUUCGUUGUCUGUGGGAACAGUGCUUCUACACGUGGACGGCGGGGUGGACAAACGGCACGCAAGGGUGAUGUCGUAAAUCAGCUUCUGGAUAACCGGGCAUCCAGUUCAUCUUCCUCCAGCCGGGAAAACCACGGUUCGCAAAUGUUGAUCGCAGAACGAACAUUGAGUGCUGCAUCCACGAGUAGUUCUUCAUCUUCUAGCAGUUGUAUUGUCAACCCCCGGACGUCGACGAGAGGA